GGAUGAAGGAGGCUAAUAGGAACAGUAAGGCACCUAAGUUCAUCCGUCGUAUUGAGAUGGUCCAGAAAAAGAGCAUAAUGUACUACCAACAGCAGCAGUCUUACCUUUUUCUCAAAAUUGUUGUUGCUCUACCAACAAUGGUUACAAGCUGUCGUGGCAUACUUGACAGAGGAGUACAAAUUGAUGGACUGGGUAUAAAGAGCUUCAUGACAUAUGAAAGCAAUGUUCUAUUUGCUCUUCGCUUUAUGAUUGAUUGCAACAUAGUUGGUGGCAACUGGAUUGAAGUACCUGCUGGAAAAUAUAAGAAGACAGCUAAACAUUUGUCAUACUGUCAGCUAGAGUUUGAUUGCCUGUAUCCUUAUAGAUGUGAGGAGCACUUAUACUUCACAUGUAAUUUUUUUCUUUCUUUGUUCACUUUGUAUAGGAAUGUUACUGUAGCCGCAAGACUUCAAGUGCUUUAGAUGGUACUUAGCUUGGGAUUAUUAAGAUAAUUAUGCUUACCUAUUACCUUCCUGGUGUGGUCACAAGAAUAAUAGCGUUGAUGAUUAAUUUUGGUCCCUAAAAGGGGCUGAAAAUGUGGGGUACAUAGAUUUACUA